AUGCUGUGCCCUCAGUCGCAGUCGCUCCUCAGUCCCUCAGCCCUCCGGCGCACCUACACAGCCGCCCUCAAGCACUGGCCGAAAGACGCCCUCCGCCCAGAGUGCCAGCUGCAGGACGUCCUGUCGAGGCGCCUCGCCGAGUCCAACAGGUUCCCCGGCCCCGACAACAGCGCCGACCCGGCCAAGCAGGUCAACGCCCUCGUCUCCCUCCUCGGCAACCGCUACCUGGCCAAGUACCCGACGGCGCCCGCCCCCGAGUCCGCCACCGGCGGGAUGAUGAGCCCGCGCAGCAACCCCACCUACUACCAGGACCUGAUCCGGGACCUCGAGGUGGCGCCUACGCGGUCGUGGGUGCAGAGGUUUGGGCUGAAGAUGAAGGGGAUGUUCCGGUGGCAGUGA